CAAUCAAAGUCCUCCAAGCAAACAGUGAUAAAAAUGUCGUCGUAGGUGGAUUCGACACUUUUCUGUUUUUUUCCUAAAAAGUGACGAAGCGCGGGUGCAUUCCACUAAAUAUUUUAGAAAAUAUAGUUUUGUAUUUACGUUUUAUAUAGUUUAUAGUGUAAAGAAGUUGCUCAAAAUGGGCGACGAAAUGGAUCCGUGCGAGUGCCUGUGGAACCAUGAGCUAGCGAUGCGGCGGCUGAUCUCUCUGCUUCGGCAAGGGCAGUCGUACUGCACGGACAACGAGUGCCUGGAGACGCUGCCCGGGCCGCAGGGCUCCGCCGGGAACAGCUUCCUCGUGGUGUUCAUGAUGAUGGCGCUGGCGGCGGCCAUGUACGUGAUGCGCCCGCGCCGCGACCGCCUGCAGGAUGCCGCGAAACCGACCACCAACUCUCAUGACAACGAUGGUGCGCCGCCAACUCCACCCAGAAUUUAAU